AUGGCCUCUAGAGGAAGACAAGAAGACAGCCUGCCUCCCUCACCUGAAUCCCCCCACACUAUCUCUGAAGGAUCCUCCACAUGUAGUACCAUGACCCAUAACAUAUGCAUGGUGUCUGACUUUUUCUACCCCAAUAUGGGAGGCGUGGAAAGCCACAUUUACCAGCUCUCUCAGUGCCUGAUCAAAAGAGGGCACAAGGUCAUAAUUGUCACCCAUGCUUAUGAAAAUCGAAAAGGCAUCCGUUACCUCACUAAUGGCCUCAAGGUCUAUUACUUGCCUUUGAAAGUCAUGUACAACCAGUCAAUAGCCACGACCCUCUUUCACAGUCUGCCAUUGCUCAGGUACAUAUUUGUUCGGGAGAGAGUCACAAUAAUCCAUUCACAUAGUUCAUUUUCUGCCAUGGCCCAUGAUGCCCUCUUCCAUGCAAAGACCAUGGGGCUCCAGACGGUCUUUACAGACCAUUCUCUUUUUGGGUUUGCUGAUGUCAGCUCGGUGCUUACAAACAAGCUUCUGACUGUGUCUCUUUGCGACACAAACCACGUAAUCUGUGUCUCCUACACUAGUAAGGAAAACACUGUACUGAGAGCAGCACUAAAUCCUGAAAUCGUCUCCGUUAUUCCGAAUGCGGUAGAUCCUACAGACUUCACUCCAGACCCAAGUAAAAGGAGUGAUAGUGGAACAACUGUCAUUGUUGUCAGCAGACUUGUUUACAGAAAAGGAACUGAUUUACUUAGUGGCAUAAUCCCUGAACUCUGUCAUAAAUAUCCAGAUUUACAUUUCAUAAUUGGAGGCGAGGGACCAAAGAGAAUCAUUUUGGAAGAAGUACGGGAAAGAUACCAGCUGCAUGACAGGGUACGUCUCUUGGGAGCCUUAGAGCACAAGGAGGUUAGAAAUGUCUUAGUUCAAGGACAUAUUGUGUAUGACCACGUGGCCAUGGAAGCUGUUUUACCCAUAGACAAACGACUGGAUCGACUCAUCUCUCACUGUGGCCCAGUAGCAGGCUCUAUUUUUGCUUUGUUGGUGGUCUUGAACUUUCUCUUCCUCACGUUCCUGCGAUGGAUGACCCCAGAUUCUAUCAUUGAUGUUGCAGUAGAUGCCUCAGGGCCCAACGGGGCCUGGACUCAUGAAUAUUCUUGCAGUAAAAGAAAGGGCGAAGAGUAA